GGAAAACACAAGCAAAAGGGAGGGUGGAAAAAUUAGGAAAUAAAGCUCAAAUUGCGACAUACUAAUAAGGUUACGGAAAAGCCGAGAGGAGCUUACAUCUAAGAGUCAAGAUGGUGUUUUAUACAUGCGGCCCUAAUGAAGCUAUGGUGGUAUCAGGUUUCUGCCGGAGUCCUCCUGUAAUGAUUGCUGGCGGCCGUGUAUUUGUCCUUCCAUGUGUUCAGCAGAUACAGAGGAUCUCCCUGAACACACUGACACUGAAUGUUAAGAGUGAGAAGGUUUACACACGUCAUGGAGUGCCAAUAUCUGUGACUGGUAUUGCUCAAGUAAAGAUCCAGGGGCAAAAUAAGGAAAUGCUUGCAGCUGCAUGCCAGAUGUUUCUUGGUAAGACUGAGAAUGAAGUGGCACAAAUAUCCCUCGAAACCUUGGAGGGACACCAGCGUGCCAUCAUGGCUCACAUGACUGUUGAGGAAAUCUACAAAGACAGACAGAAAUUUUCAGAACAAGUUUUUAAAGUGGCUUCUUCUGACCUUGUGAAUAUGGGGAUUAGUGUGGUUAGUUACACACUAAAAGAUAUACAUGAUGAUCAGGAUUAUCUGCACUCUCUGGGAAAGGCACGGACAGCUCAGGUGCAGAAGGAUGCUAGAAUUGGAGAGGCUGUGGCUAAGAAAGAUGCUGGCAUUAAGGAAGCCCAGGCAAUGCAGGAGAAGGUUUCUGCCCAAUAUGUGAAUGAAAUAGAAAUGGCAAAAGCUCAGAGAGACUUUGAGCUGAAGAAAGCAGCAUAUGAUCUUGAGGUUAACACCAGGAAAGCAGAGAGUGACUUGGCUUAUCAACUACAGGUAGCGAAGACUAAACAAAAGAUUGAGGAACAGAAGGUCCAGGUACAAGUGGUGGAGAGGGCACAGCAGAUUCAGCUUCAGGAUCAGGAAAUCAGCCGCAAGGAGAAGGAACUGGAAGCUAAAAUAAAAAAACCUGCUGAGGCAGAGCGUUACCGCCUGGAAAAGUUGGCUGAGGCUGAGAGAAUGAAACUCAUUACUGAGGCUGAGGCAGAAGCUGAAGCAAUCAGGGUGAAGGGGGAGGCCCUUGCUUAUGCUGUUGAAGUCAAAGCUCGAGCUGAUGCAGAGCAAAUGGCAAAGAAAGCAGAAGCUUUCCAAGAAUAUCAGGAUGCAGCCAUAGUUGAUAUGUUGCUGGAAAAGCUGCCUGAGGUUGCUGAGGCAAUAAGCAAGCCAAUGACAGAGGUGAAGAAAAUUAAGAUGAUCUCCAGUGGUGGAAGUGAGGUUGGCGCAUCCAAGAUUACUGGUGAAGUGCUGGACAUUCUCAAUCGCCUUCCUGACACAGUGGAGAAACUGACUGGCAUUAAUAUCAAUCAGGCUGGGCAUAAAAAACCAGGCCGUAUGUCAUAGUAUUUGAAUCUGAAAAUGCUACAGUUCCUCUGUGCCUCCUGUUUUGCCUUUGUCCAUUUUUUGUUUACCAAAUCUUGGCAGUUUUAUUUCUAGAAUGUCCUGUUUUUAUUUCUGAAGUAGAUUCCAUAAAAAUACAAUGUAAUUAUUUGUUUUAUACAUUCAUAUGUAAAUUUUAAAUGUCUGUUCUUGUACUUUGCUUAAGUUGGGUCAGUUUGCCUCAGAAGUCUUGAACCAAAAUAUCUCCCUAAACCCUAUUUAUACUGCAUGUCUGCAAAAAGCAUAAUCCUUUUGACUUUAUGAAAACUUCACUAUGCCUGUAUUGCUUUUCACUGAACACUAUAUUGUAUAUCCUAUGGAUCAGGCUCUAUACCUGAUAUGAAAGAAAGUAAUGAUAUAUAGGUAUAAAUACAAUACUGUGUAUUUAGAGAAAUGAUGUGCUGCCUUAAACAAAUGCUAUGUAGCUAACAACACCUAGAGGGUUAACUGGUGCCCUGCAACCUGGAUAUUUUCUAGAUAUUUGCCUGCUCAAGACCUCCAUUGAAAACUGAAUCACAUGAUUAUUUUAUUAUAAAAUGACCCUUGUACAUGUAGUAUAGUAACAGCCCACUAUAUGUAAACAGUUGGACAAGUCUUACAAUAGAAUACCAAAAUGAAAUAUAAAGGCGUAUCUUGUUUGACAGCUUAAAGACCGCUGGUUUUCUGGGGUGCGUAGCAACUGCAGUGAUGUUUAACCUGCUGCCUUAAUAUUGCUACAUCAUGUGUUGCCAGUAAACAUGCAGUAAGGCAGAGAUGAAAAAGUAGUCCUAAGACAGAAAAUUCUGCCACAGCAUCUACAGUCAGGUGGGCCCAGACAGAGACAUAGGAUUUGCCUUCUACAUUAAACAUAAGGAUGAAGUAGGUUAAAACCAGUGUAUUAUUAUUAACGGAUCUUUUGACUAUUUGUAAUGCAUGUGACAAUAUUUACAAAUAUUCAGUGCUAUUUGGAUAAUACCACAUACAUAUAAUGAUAUGACAUAUUCAUAUCAUUGCCUACUCCUUUUUUUUCUCCUUCAUCAAGCUUAACAUGGCUAUUCAGAUUUGCCAGUCAUUAAAUUGUUUCAUUUUAGUUUUAAGUGAUUAAUGUAAUAACAGGCCUGAAAUUUGCACCGGGUCUAGUAACCCAUACCAACAGAAUUGCCCUUUCACAUAAAGACUACAUUAGUUUAAUGAUGCCUGUUGUUCUGGUGCAGUGGGUUAGAACUGGAGCAGACAUUUCACCCCACACCAUCUAUGGGGAAGAUUUAUCAAAUAUCAACCUUUUCAUGUUUUUUUUCAGCAGCUGAAACACUUUAGUUUUUGGGCAUUAACUAUAUUUCUAAAGCUAAAACACUUGGCUUUUCUCACUAAUUGCUUAAAAUGAAGAAUCAGACUUUUUUUUUAUUUUGCCUGGAUACACAGAUCUGUGAAUUUUGAACAAAGUAAUGUUGCUAAAAAGAAGUGAGAAUUGCUCCAGGGUUUUGUUUUGUUUUUUAAUUAAACUCAAACUGCAGGAAAAAUGCAGGAUUUUUUACUAGUCAAAAUCCAGUGGGGGUGGGGGGGAAGAGCUCUUAAUGUUUGAUAAAUCUGCCCUUAAAUGUUUUAUUGUGUGCAAAAUCUACAUUAUUACCUUUACAUUUUGUGUUGUCACUGUGAAUCUUGUUCCUGUAGCUCAGUAAGAUUGUUACAUUAUAACACAAUAUAUCUUUAUGAAUAAGAACUUCUAUUUCAAUAAAAACUGUUAUGGUGUGCCUA